AUGUGCAUAACAUUCAUCCACGUCGCUCGGACGACGGCUUCCAAGUACAAGCUCGUCGUUCUCAACAACCGAGAUGAGUUCUUCGACCGUCCCAGCGCGAAAAUGGAUUGGCGAGAAGGCGUAUUAAGCGGUAAAUUUUCAAAGAUUCCGACUUUCAAAGUAAAAUUAGUAAAAAUCAAUUAGAUUUCUACACUUUUCAGGAAUCGACGAACAAGAUGCUGUCCGCGGGACUUGGUUCGGUGUGAAUCGAACAGGAAAAGUCGGAAUGUUGUUGUCGGUGACCCAACCUGCGCAUACCAAGUUCGUUGGAAGCCCGAGCAGAGGUCGAAAAAUGUCUUUCCGAAGAAAAAAAAAAAGAUGUACAGGAAGCCUUGUCAAAAAUUACUUGAAAGCGUCGACGUCGCUCAAUGAAUAUUGUGAGCAACUCAUUGCAACAGCUUCCAGCUACAACGGCUUCCAAUUCGUCGGACUGGAGAGGUCAUCCAAUUUUUUUUUCCAAUAUUUCCAAUCUUCGAGUAACUGUUUUUUCUAGAAACUCCCAUGGAUUAUACGAGCUGAGAAGUGUCACGAAUCGACUGGUGGAUGAAGUCAAAACGGCGGCUUGGCCUCCAGGUUUUGCGAAAUAAUAAGAGUUGAUCUCACUCGGAAUUUGAGGAUUUUCAAAAAUAAUUCCUGACACACUCUUUCGAUGUAUCGAGUGAAGUUCCUCAACGUCGCAAAAUUUAUUUUUUUCCGAGAAAAAGCUCCACUGAUUGAAAGAAAAAUCCGAGACAUUGAUCUUUGCAAUGAAUUAUCAAAACAAAUAUAUCAUUCGUGAAUUCAAAAUUUUCGUGAUAUUUUUUCAGUACAUCCAGAUGCGUUUUCGCCUAACCCCUCUUACGAAACAAAUGAUGAACAAUUGAUAUUAUCUGCAUGAAUUAGAUGAUUAACGCAAAGCUGAGGCGAAGAAAUACAUCGAAAAAAUAAAAAUAAAAUGAAUAAAAAUCGUUUUCAGACGUUUUUUUCUUUGAAAAAAAGCAUCAGUAGGUGGCUGAAAUUUCCAGUCUAAACUUUCCUGGGCGGCUGUAACCUGAACUCUCUAAAACAUGCUUCAGGAGACUACUGCAUUUCGAACAGCCCAGCUUCGUGUCCAUAUCAAAAGGCUAUUUACGGCGAGCGCAUUUUCAAAGACGCGAUGAAAGACGUCGACAACCUCUCUCUUAAUGAAGUCGUCGACAGGCUUCUAGUCAUUGCGACAGACCACAAAAAGUAAGGAGAAGGAAGGACCUUGGUAUCAAGCCGUUUCAGAUGCCUUCCAGAUCCCCAAAUCGCUUUGCAGACUGAAAUGCCAGAAGAACUGCAUGGUCCAAUCGGAUCUAUUUUUGUCCGUUACGACGACUCCAACCGCUAUGGAACUCGAACUCAUUCUGUUUUGGUUGUCGACAACCAAGACAACGUCUUUGUUUUCGAAAGGCGGAUGACGUUCAUACCAGAAAACGUGAGCCAUUCGUCGUGGGAAGAUUGCAAUUUUGAGUUCCAACUCGAAAAAUAA